CCCGGGAACCAGGUUUGAGUGUAUUCACACUGACUAGAAGUACGGGAGACAGCCUUGUGUGAAAGUGCCCGAGAAUGGUAUGGUAAAGAUGCCACACCACUUCUGCUUUGAUUGACUGUGACUCUGAGGCUUGAGCAGAGAGGCGCUAUUGAGAGGAAGCGCUCACACGGGCUGCUUUGCAUUGCGCACGUUACAGAACGACCUUUUCUUCCUCAGUCAACAGUUAGCUACUUUGUGCGACUAGCUCUGCUGCCUUGGUGGCCCCUUCAUAUCAGUCAUGGACUCACAAUUGGAAGCAGAAGCUUUCAAAAGAAUUUAUCCAGAGGAGUACUUCCAGCGCUUCUUGUCAGAAGGCACAAGACCAGACGGAAGGCCCCUGGGAAGGGCAAGGAGUACAACCAUUGGAUUUGGGGCGGUUUCGACAGCGGAUGGGUCUGCUCUGGUCAAGAUUGGCUCAACCACAUUGCUGGCUGGGAUCAAGCUUGAAGUCAUGACUCCUACCGCUGAGGCGCCAGAUGCUGGGAAAAUUGCGGCCACCUUUGAGAUGCCCCCUCUCUGCUCCCCGGAUGCAAGGCCCGAGAGGCGGCUGGAGGAGACAAGCGUGGUGGUGCAGCAGGUUAUGAAUGCAAUUGAAAGUGCCGGACUGGUCAACACGAAAGAGCUGCUGAUAUCUACCGGAAAGGCUGCCUGGGUUGCGUACUUGGACAUCUACUGCCUGGACGCUGAUGGUUCUCUUCUGGACGCAGCCCUUCUUGCUGCGGUUGCAGCCUUUGCAGACUUGACCCUUCCGCCCGUCCGGGUGAAUCCAGAGGGCCACGUGCUACCCGUGCUGUCGGGGGCUCAAGGAGGCAACUUGCGGGAGAACGGGGACGCAUCCUCGGAGGUCGUCACCGUCGAGCGGCGGAAGCUCACGCUUGGGGCCAUGCCCUGGGCUGCAACGAUUGGCCUCUACAAAGGACACCUGAUCGUUGACCCCACGGCGGAGGAGGAAGCGCUGCUAGAGAGCACCGUGACAACGAUACUGGACGAGGCGGGCAGACUGAUCUCGCUGUUCAAGCCUGGGGGGAUCACGGCAGUCACCACAGCGCUAAUACAGGACUGUGUGGAGCUGACUCGGCACCGAGCGCGGGAGCUGAAGCAGAUCCUCGAAGAGAGCUCCCAGGAGGACGAGGACGAAGGGGACGAGUCGCAGUAGUUGAAAGCACAGCAAAGAGGGAAUUGGUUCAGCUGAGCGGAGUGGGCGCGUCUUGUUUUAGCUCUUUCCAGGCUGCGCAAUGGUAGAGGAGACAGUGCGAGCUGAUGCCUGCAGAAAUUGUUCGGCAGUUGCCCGUGGCGGAAGGAGGGAAGAGUCGCGCCCUUGAGUAUAGGCAAAGUAUAGGCAGUUCGGGUAAUGACCUGCAAGCCCGAGUUCUGAUAAAUGAGGGACAGGCAAAUGGAUGAGGGUGGAUAGCCCAGACCUGGUGGAGACGGAUCGAACAAGCACGGCGACAUUGCAGGAAUAGGCUUGUGCGUCGUCAGCACUUGGGCCGAGAACUCGAUCAUCUACACCAACAUCUGCCAUGCUAAAAAGGGAUGAGUUGUUGGCGAGCUGCGCCUGCUUCUGACAUUCAGGCAUGAAUUCUGUCCUUCAAUGGCUGUGCUCGGCCGUACAAUUGUGGCAAGACCACUGUAAAAGCCUUCGUGCAUAGUUGUGAUGCUUUAGUGUUGGUGGAGAUUGACAUAAAUGAUCCUGAUCAACCUUUGAAGCAUCUAUCAGAUCCGCAUCGGCCUUCGCGGUUUGAAUAGCUCUUGACUUUCCUCCGAAGAAAGACUUGGUGCCUCGAGGUUUACGUUUGACACUACAAAGUGCCAUGGCCGGGGCGUGUUGGCAGUGAUUUCUCAAACAGCA